UUAAAACAACACACAUUUAUUAUCUUACAGUUCUGGAGGUCAGAAGUCCACAAUUAGUAUUGUAGGACUAAAAAGGUGUUGGCAGGGCUGUGUUCCUUCUCAAGGCUCUUGGGGAGAAUCUGUUUUCUUGUCUUUUCCAGCUUCUAGAGGCUGCUCACAUUCCUUAGCGUGUGAGUUCUGCCUCCAUCUUCAAAGCACAUCAUUCCAGCUUCUGCCUCUGUUAUCAUUUCGCUUUCUGCUACCAUCGUCACAUUACCUUGACUGACUCGGACCCUCCUCUCUCCCCGUUAUAAGGAUUUUGUGACUACAUUGGGCCAACAUGGAAAAUCCAGGAAACUCCUCACCUCAAGAUUCUUAAUUUAGUCAUAUCUACAAAGUCUUUUUUGUCAUGUAAGAUAACAUAUUCACAAGUUUCAGGAACUGGAAUGUGGACAGCUUUUGGGGCUGGUUCUUUAGCCCACUAUUCAUCCUUCCGUCAUUCACAAGUUACAUGAUUGUUCACAUAGGAAAAGCCAAGGGUUCCAGGAGGGAGAGUCCCAGAGCCAGCAUUCCAUGAAGAAGGACACAGACACCUCCGCUUCUUCUAAGGCCUGUACUCAAGGGUUCCAGAAAGCCUCUUCUGCCAUAUUCCUCCAGUCAAAGCAAUCACAAGAACAGCUCAGAUUAGGGAAAAUAAGCUCCAUUUCUUGAGCUUGUAGAUUUUCAGUGGAAACUGGGUAUGGCUGUGAGCUCAGACAGUUGCAGAUCACUGAAGUACCCUUAUGUUGCGGUGAUGCUGAAAGUGGCAGAUCAUUCAGGCCAAAUAAAGAUCAAGUCAUUUGAAAUGACAAUUCCACAGUUUCAGAAUUUCUACAGACAGUUCAAGGAAAUUGCUGCAAUUAUGGAAACUGUGUGAGAACUGAUUACUUGGUUGGUAAAUUGCUACCAUCAUUUAAAAUCAUGGACUUCGCCUUCUGCAAUAUAAUUGCAUGAGGAUCAGAUGAUAUUUAUUGAAAGAAAAUUGCACUUUUGUUUUCCCACUUUUUUAAAUAAUAAAAAAUUAGACCAAUCGGAAUUAGAUAAGAGGUGAUCAAUGUACUUAUCAAUGUGAAUGUACUAAAAGUUACUGAAUUUGUUACCAGUGGAAGUGGAGUUCUUUGGGUACCACAAGGAAAAUAAUUUUCUGAGGGCCCCACAGGAGGAUGGGGUUUCAUGGAAACUUAAGGGGGUUCCCAUCCAAGGUCCCAUCUCCAUCCUUCCCACCAUGGAAAAAAUCCAAUCUCGUCUUCAGCAAGGCCAAGAUUAAGGCCACUGC